CGGGUGCACUUCAAAGGAGAACAUGAGCAACUCGGAGUCUUAUCCACCAGAGUUUCGACCUCUAAUGAGCGAAAAAUCCACUGAAACGGGUCUAGACCGGAGCAAAGAUAUCGAUAUCCCGGUUAUCGAUAUGGAGCAUUUGGACAUGGAGAAACUGAGAGAAGCAUGCAAAGACUGGGGGAUCUUCCAUUUGGAGAAUACUGGGAUACCCUUAACGUUUAUGUCACAGGUGAAAGAGAUAACGGAGUCAGUGUUGAGUCUGCCGUUUGAAGAGAAACGGACGUUGUUCGGCGUUAACUCUCCGUUAUCGUAUUACUGGGGAACACAUACGGUAAGUCCAUCGGGAAAAGCCGUAACGAGAGCCCCACAAGAAUCUAGUGGUCACUUGUUCGAAGGCAUCAAUAUUCCUCUUGCAUCUCUCUCUCGGCUUCUUGCACUUUCUUGUACUGAUCCCAAGCUUGAGUCUUUCCGAGUGGUGAUGGAGGAAUAUGGGAAGCACGUAACUAGGAUUAUUGUGACCCUAUUUGAAGCUAUAAUAGAAACCUUGUCCCUUGAAUUAUCCGGUGACCAAAAAAUGGGCUACUUAUCAGAGUCAACAGGUGUGAUACGUGUUCAACGGUAUCCUCAGUGUACCGAAUCCCCCGGACUCGAAGCUCAUACGGACAGUUCGGUGAUAUCGAUCAUAAACCAAGACGAUGUUGGUGGGCUAGAGUUCAUGAAAGAUGGGGAAUGGUUCAAUGUCAAACCUCUUGCCAGUUCUUUUGUCGUCGGUCUUGGGGAUAUGAUGCAGGUGAUAAGUGAUGAGGAAUACAAGAGUGUGUUGCAUAAAGUAGGAAAGAGGAUGAGGAAGAAAGAGAGAUACUCGAUAGUUAACUUUGUGUUCCCGGACAAAGACUGUAUGUUUAACUCUACUCGCUAUAAGCCAUUCAAAUUCUCGGAGUUUGAAGCUCAAGUUAAGCUUGAUGUUGAGACCCAUGGUAGCAAAGUCGGCCUUUCUAGGUUCCUGAGCAACCCCUAGUCUUGUAUUCUCUUAUUUUCUCCGAAUAUGUAUAUUUACAAUUUGCUUUUUCUUUGUAUCCUAAAAAAUACUUAUAUUUGCAUGGCAAAACUUUUGUAUUUGCAAGGUUUAUUUGUGUAUUAAACUUUUAUAUA